GUAAAUAUUAGGGGUGGAAAAUCCUUCAUAGCUUUUCUGACAUGAGAAAAUAACCUGCUUUGUUGAUAAGCCUGGUCUUUAUACAUUAUAUCCAUGGGUGCUAUUACCUUCAGUGUUUUCUGUAUGUUUCAGAGACUAAUCUCUUACCAUGGGGGAUUGGAAUUUACUGGGUGGCAUCCUAGAGGAAGUUCACUCCCACUCAACCAUAGUGGGGAAAAUCUGGCUGACCAUUCUCUUCAUUUUCCGAAUACUGGUUCUCGCUGUGGCUGCUGAAGAUGUCUGGGAUGAUGAACAGUCAGCAUUUGCCUGCAAUACCCAGCAGCCAGGUUGCAACAAUAUCUGUUAUGAUGAUGCUUUCCCUAUCUCUUUGAUCAGGUUCUGGGUUUUACAGAUCAUCUUUGUAUCUUCUCCUUCUUUGGUGUAUAUGGGCCAUGCAUUUUAUAGACUCAGGGCCUUUGAAAAGGAGAGGCAGAGGAAAAAGCCACACCUUAGAGUCCAGAUGGAGAAUCCAGAGCUUGAACUGGAGGAGCAACAGAGGAUAGAUAGAGAGCUGAAGAGAUUAGAGGAGCAGAAGAGAAUCCAUAAAGUCCCUCUGAAAGGAUGUCUGCUGCGUAGUUAUGUCUUACAUAUCUUGAUGAGAUCUGUGCUGGAAGUAGUGUUCAUGAUAGGCCAGUAUGUUCUCUAUGGGUUUCAAAUGCACCCUCUUUACAAAUGCACUCAACCUCCUUGCCCUAAUGAAGUGGACUGCUUUGUAUCCAGGCCCACAGAGAAGACAAUUUUCAUGCUCUUUAUGCACAACAUUGCAGCCGCCUCUUUGUUCCUUAAUGUACUGGAAAUAUUUCAUCUGGGAAUCAGGAAAAUCAUGAGGGCACUCUAUGAGAAAUCUAGCAAUGAGGACAUUGAGGAUGAAAGUGGCAUGCCAUACCAUUUGAAAAAAUAUUCAGUGGCCCAGCCUUGUAUGAUUUGCUCUCCCUUGCCUAAAAGAAUCUCUCUACUUCAAGCCAACAAUCAACAGAAAGUCUGUCAAGUCAAUGUGCAGAAGUCUAAAACCACAUGUCAAAGCCUACAUGCCAGGCAACUUGAAGUAGACCCUUGCUGUAUUAAAAAAGAGUGGGCUGAGAAGGAUCAGCACAGUGGACAGCUCCAUGUCAGCCGCCCGUGGCCCUGGAAUGACAGUACUCGAAUUCAGCACCUGGGACAGCAACCAGACCAUCCCUUUGGCCUAGAAAAUGCAAAGUCCCAGUCCUGGUUAGGUACAGAGAUGGCUCCUAGACACUGCCUAUCCUAUGCAAUAGGAACCUGGGAGCAGUCCCAGGAUCUACGACCCUCAGGAGAGCCUCUCAAAGAUUUGCACAGUCACUGUAGAGACAGUGAUGGCAGUGUGAAAGAGAGUGGGGUCUGGACAGACAGAUCUCACCUGGACAGUCGCAAGGCCAGCUUUCUGUCCAGGUUGCUGUCUGAAAAGGGACAGUUGCACAGUGACUCAAGAAGCUCCAGUUCUCGGAAUAGCUCUUGCUUGGAUCUUCUGCAUCCGGAAAAUAGUCCCUUGCUUCUGCCUUCAGCCACUGGGCAUAGACCAUCAGUGAAUACCCUUCUAGAACUUUCAUCUAUUAUGAAAAAAUAAUUCAUGCUUGGGGUCAGAAAAAUGGACCAAGGAGCAACCAGCAUCUGCAGGAGAAAAGUUGCACCUCUGUGAGCUCAAACUGCAUGAAGAACUGUGGGAACCAUUCCCUCUGCAGAGACACCCACCAGGCCAUGGAAGUGGAAAUGAGGCGUGGAGCCAUGAAGAGGCAAGAUCUGUUCCACAGUGAGUUGGAAGAAGAGCCAGUGAAGACCAGGUGGAUGAAAAUGAUGCUGGGGCCAAGUCCAAGUGGGAGCCAUUAAGUGGCAUACCGUAUUUCGGAUGCUUAAGACACAUCUAUACCUGUUAUAUCUACAACUGUGUAAAGUUAUUGUUGCCCCCAUUUCAUAAAUCAGAGAAGGUUCAAGGAGACUAAGUACCUUGCCCCACAGGUAAAGGUCACAGAGCUAAAGUGCAUGCUGUGCAGCUGAAUUGAAACCCAGAUCCAGAUCCAGCUGUUCCAAAGCCUGGGCUCCUUCCAGGAAGCUGUGAAGUCGUGCUCUCUCUCUUGUCCGUCAGCCCCUGGGCCAUGAUUUAUUUGCACGUCUGUCUGCCCAACUAGCCUGUGAAAGCUGUAACAAUAAGGUCUGUGCAUUUUAAAUCCCGGAUGCCCAGCAUGCAGCACAGUGUUGGCUGAAUGAGUACAUGUUUAUGUAUAGAUGCAUAAGACAAUGUAGUACCCACGGCUUUCAGCUCGCCAGUCUUCUCCUUAUUCACUAGUGUUCUGUCAUGUCCUGUCAAUAGGAUUAUUAUGAGAGAUUCUUUCAGAAGAGUCUGUAGGACAGCAUUUUUUUCUUUGAUUUAAAUUUCCUUUACCCUCAGAAGCCUUAUAAGGUCAUCAACUGUUCAGUACAAAUAAAAGUUUUAAAAAAAGGGCCACCUGGGUGGCUCAGUUGGCUAAGCAUUCGACUCUUGAUCUCA